CGAGCCCGGGCGGGAGUGGCCCCGCGCACUCCACCCCGGCGGACACCUCGGGGACAGGCGCAGGACGCAGCCUUCUAGUAUCGGCCGCUGUUACAGACGCCCCGGGGCGGGAAGCCGGGCUGUCCGGCUCGGGGUGGGCGCGGGCGCUGGGCUUGUGCGUUGCCUCGGGCUUCGCGAUGAACAUCGUGGUGGAGUUCUUCGUGGUCACUUUCAAAGUGCUCUGGGCGUUCGUGCUGGCCGCAGCGCGCUGGCUGGUGCGGCCCAAGGAGAAGAGUGUGGCGGGCCAGGUGUGCCUGAUCACGGGCGCCGGCAGCGGCCUGGGCCGCCUUUUUGCCCUCGAGUUUGCCCGGCGCCGGGCGCUGCUGGUUCUCUGGGACAUCAACACUCAGAGCAACGAGGAGACGGCGGGCAUGGUGCGCCACAUCUACCGCGACCUGGAGGCGGCUGACGCCGCGGCGCUGCAAGCUGGGAAUGGUGAGGAAGAAAUUCUGCCCCACUGUAACCUGCAGGUUUUUACCUACACCUGUGAUGUGGGAAAGAGGGAGAAUGUCUACCUGACGGCUGAAAGGGUCCGCAAGGAGGUUGGCGAGGUCUCAGUCCUGGUCAAUAAUGCCGGUGUGGUCUCUGGGCAUCACCUCCUGGAAUGUCCUGAUGAGCUCAUUGAGAGAACCAUGAUGGUCAAUUGCCACGCACACUUCUGGACUACGAAGGCUUUUCUUCCUACGAUGCUGGAGAUUAAUCACGGUCAUAUCGUGACAGUUGCAAGUUCCUUGGGAUUGUUCAGUACCGCUGGAGUCGAGGAUUACUGUGCCAGUAAAUUUGGAGUUGUGGGUUUCCAUGAAUCCCUGAGCCACGAGUUAAAGGCUGCUGAAAAGGAUGGAAUUAAAACAACGUUGGUCUGCCCUUACCUGGUCGACACGGGCAUGUUCAGAGGCUGCCGAAUCAGGAAGGAAAUUGAGCCUUUUCUGCCGCCUCUGAAGCCUGAUUACUGUGUCCAGCAAGCCAUGAGGGCCAUCCUCACAGACCAACCCAUGAUCUGCACCCCACGCCUCAUGUACAUCGUGACUUUUAUGAAGAGCAUCCUCCCUUUCGAAGCAGUUGUGUGCAUGUAUCGGUUUCUAGGAGCGGACAAGUGUAUGUACCCUUUUAUUGCUCAAAGAAAACAAGCCACAAACAAUAAUGAAGCAAAAAAUGGAAUCUAAGAAUUUUUUUGUAUGGAACAUCAUUUCUCUCAGAAGAUGAUCAAGAUGUUUCAGUUCAGUGCACGUCAGCAUUACUGACAUUCUCUGGAUUCUAAAUCCGUGUUGACUUUUUUAAAAAUCAACUUUUUUAAAAUAAAUAAAUAAAUAAAUAAAUAAAUAAAUAAAUAAAGUGUAAAUUAACCGACUAGAGUACUUGGAAAACGUGAUCAGCAAAAGUGAGGUCAAGUUGUUGCCAGCGGGGUCCUUUUUAGGCAGAACCCUAAAACCAGUCUAUUCUUUUAGACAAGCACUGUGUGCCGUCUCUGGGCUACCAUUAUUUUUUUUAAUGAUCAGAAAGUCUAGAGAUGAUUACUACAGUGUGUUUCACAUGUGUGGUUUUUCUUAAUUCCCAUAGAGUUUAUUAAUUCUUGUCAUUAAACUCUAGCCAGUUGACACCCUUGCAACUUCGAGGACUGAUAGUGCUAUGUUUUCUCAUGUUUUCUGUUUCAGUUUCACAAAGCCUGUAUGGCUCUUUCGUGGUGUUUGUAUGUAUAGCUUUUUUGAAAUGGAAUUUUGAAAUCUCCAUCAGUUUGAAUUAAAUGAUGUUUGAUUGUUAGAAUAAGAUGACCAGGUCUCUUUCUUCAAGUCAUAAUGACUAAGGUGUUAGCGGAAUAUUUAAAAUUUAUCUCUGAAAUCUUUCCAUAAGUAUCAGUUAUUUUGGAGACCUAGUUAUCCAAAAAAAAUCAUGCAUUUUCUACCUAGGAAUUUUGCUGCAUAUGGAAAGUGCCCUUUCCUUGGGAGAUUGCUGUGUUUCAUUUCUUUGAGUGGACUUUUAUCUAGGAUACAUAGCAGCUCUGCAAAGAAAGCAUUUCUAAAAAUGGGAACCUCUAAACUUAAAAAAAUCCCCUUUUUUGUGCCAACUAUGAUUAGUGAGAGGAGAAAAUCUUAUACUAUUGGAGUACAGAUGGAAGGGUGUAAAGAUUCUUCUGAAAGUUAUUCACCUUGUACAACAGCAAAUGACAUUUUUACAGUAUUUUUUUGUAAAGCAAACUAUUUCGUGCCUUGAAUUUGGUAAAUGUGUAUUAGUGAAACGUAAAAGUGAACUUCUACCUCUGUAUCUAAAUGUAUACCAUCCAUUUGUAAAUGACUAUAAACUAUUAUGUGAUUGCUUUUUUUUAGAAUGUCUUGUUUAAAUAGUGACCAAUGUUUAAGACUCUUAAAAAUAAGCCAUCUUUUACUAAUUAAUUGGGAAGUUUUAUAAAAGACUA